AAUAUCAAUAGGUCAAUGAAUACGACCAAAAAAGCAAAAGGAGGAAUUCAAUCAUAAUGUUUUCGAAUUUCCUCGAAAGCUUAUACGAUGGCAUCGGAGACGGUGAAGCCGACGACGACGACGAAGAGAACAACCCGAAAACUCCAACGGAGAGACACGUUCCCGGGAGAAACACCGAUCGUUUGCGUCCUCCGAUGUCGCCGGAAGAGGAGGAGGCCCAAGCGCGCGGGGUGAAAGACGACCUGUCGGAACUCAGCCAUACCCUCUCGCGUAAAUUUCGUGGCGUCGCUAACUUUCUCGCACCGUUACCGGAGAGAUCUUCGUCAGAUCUAUCGAAUCCCAGAUUGAGCCAGUCGCGUUUUUCGGAUCCAGAAUUGAAUCAAUUCUCGUCUUCCGCUCCAAAGCUGAAUCGAUCAUCCUCUUCCGAUCCGAGGCUGAAUCAAUCGGCGGCGUCUUCCGAUCCCAGGCUGAAUCAAUCGUCGCCUUGGGAUCGAUCUGAACCGUGUGUGGGAACUGACACGCGAGAGACAGAGAUUAGAGCUAAGAGCUGGAAUUCGGAUAAUAUGGAAGAUAAAAGAUUAGAAGAUUUACACAACGAUCUGGAGGAGGAGGAAGAGGAAGAAGAAGAAGAGGAAACGGAUGAAGAAGAAGAAGAAGAAGAAGAGAUGGAUGCGGUUGCUCUGACGGACGAAGUGCUAGCAUUUGCGAGGAACAUAGCAAUGCAUCCUGAAACUUGGUUAGACUUUCCUCUCGACCCCGACGAAGACCUUGAUGAUUUGGAAAUGUCUGAUGCACAAAGAGGCCAUGCUUUAGCUAUAGAACGUCUUGCUCCGAGGUUAGCCGCCCUCAGAAUUGAACUCUGUCCAUGCCAUAUGACUGUUGGUUACUUCUGGAAAGUCUAUUUUGUUCUUCUCCUCUCAAGGCUCAAUAAACACGAUUCUCAGCUUUUAUCCUCGCCACAGGUGAUGGAAGCAAGAGCAUUGUGGAUGAAAGAGCUUCAUAAUCAAAACAGUUCAACAAAAACAGGCUAUGGAGAUAUUCUUAAGGAAGAGAUUACACCAUCGACUUCGAGUUACUACAACCAUGCCCCACCUGAGUUUCUGUCUCCAAGAAUAUAUGCCUUCGAACCUCCUUCAAUCAUGUAUCGCGAUUUCGAAACAGCAGAUCGUGGUUCUGGUUCGGAGAAUGCAGAGUUCAUUGAUAAAGCUGUUAUCGAGGAACAACCAAUCGAGAAGAACGAGACAAGUGGUGCAAGCCUAAGCCUAACACCCAAUGAUGAGGAUGAUGAUGAUGAUGAUUGGCCAGAAGAAGAAGAUGAUGCUCAUGAUUGGGCUCCCAUGUUUACAGGGAAUGAGGAUGAUGUUUCUUUCAGUGAUCUCGAAGGUGACGACGAUAUUAGUAGCUUAGCACUCAAGUCUAAGAUUACUUCAAAGGGCACGGACCAAAAAGCAACAUGAAACAUCAUCUCGGUCUUGUUGCUUUGUCUUUACCUCAAGAUCAAAUCAAUGGGAACUGAACAUAAAAGGAUUUGUACCGAGUCAAAGCGUGAAGUUUUUUGGGUGAGUUUGAUUGUUUGUCAAAUGAAAAGAAAAAAAAAGAAGGUUUUGAAACAUGUACAGAAGAUUUAUUCAGUCACUUCAAUUGCAUUUGUAAUGUUUUUCUUUAUCACCAAUGUAAGGAAAUAUUGGAAGCAAUGAUAUACUAUGUGAAACGUGUUUAGUA